AUGGCACUGAGACUGGACCAGUUGGAGGGCAUGGUACUGAUACUGGACCAGUUUGAGGGCAUGGCACUGAGACUGGACCAGUUGGAGGGCAUGGCACUGAGACUGGACCAGUUGGAUGGCAUGGCACUGAGACUGGCCCAGUUGGAGGGCAUGGCUCUGAGACUGGACCAGAUGGAGGGCAUGGCACUGAGAUUGGACCAGUUGGAGGGGAUGGUACUGAGACUGGACCAGUUGGAGGGCAUGGCACUGAGACUGGAAAGAAUUUCCAAGAUAUUGAGGGAACUUGACCCUCUUGGAGUUGCCAACAGAAGAAAGCAUCGCUUUAGCCGCCGAACUUACAUCAAUAAAGGGCCAAAUUUUCUAUUGCAUAUGGAUGGCUAUGACAAAAUAAAAAGGUUCGGAUUUGCAAUACACGGUGCAAUUUGUGGAUUUUCCAGACGUGUAUUAUGGCUGAAUGUGGGACGGACAAACAACAAUCCCCACAUUAUUGGAUACUACUUCAUGCAAUAUGUUGACGAGAUAAAAGGUGUGCCAAGAUGCAUACGGAUGGAUUGCGGAACUGAGAAUGUGUUGGUUGAGGACAUACAAAAGGCUUUUAGAUGGGACAAUGAUGACGACAUGGCAGGCGAAAAGUCAGUUAUAAGAGGAAGUUCACAUUCGAAUCAGCGGAUUGAACGCUGGUGGCUUUCUGGCAAACAAGGUGGCGGUCAGUACUGGAUAGACAAGUUUAAAGACAUGGAGAUGAGAGGUCUUUUAUCUACGUCAAAUGUUGGGCAUAUUGAGUGUGCCCGUUUUUCAUUCAUGAACCUGCUUCAGCAAGACUUGGAUAAAGUACGUAUGGAGUGGAACCAGCACCGUGUGCGACCAAAUAAGCAAGGCGAGUCACCAACAGGAAAACCAGACAUAAUGUAUUUUAUGCCUACCUUGUACGACACCUUGGACUACAAGGUUCCUGCAAAUGAGACUGACAUACAACAUGUGAAAGAAUACUGUGCUGUUCCGUUCUCUUUGGGAUGCGAUGAAGAGUACGCUAGAUUCUUCCGUGAGCUAAUGCAUGAAAGGGGGCUUCAGAUGCCGACAAAGUUCGAAGAAGCACUGGAACUGUACUCAAGUUUGACUACAUCGUAGUGUUCAAUACAAAGACAGCAUACAACAUGGUUAACAACAGAGUCAUAG